AGUCUCUUGCGAAAAAAAAGGGUUUCGACUGACCCCGGCUGACAACGUUGAAUUGCAGCACCUACCUCGUUGAAGAACAGAGGAUCAGGGGGUGUUUUGACUGGCGGGUUGUUGUUUCUAGUAGAAGGGUGGUUUUGCGCAUUUUGGCCGAGUUUGUGGUGGUCGUCGUGUUGUGCGUAGGCGUUAUAGGGCGCGCGGGGAUAUAUGCGCGCGUGCAACGCAUACACUAGCGAGAGAGAGAGGACGGAGGAAUAGAUGAACGAGGGGGGAAAUGAGGCGCCGUUGGGGGAGGAGACGAACAGCCUAGACAGGGGGGGUGAGCCCAAGGUGGAGCAGGAUAGGGCAGAAGGGCCUAAUGCCGAUGACGUUGAGCAGGUGAAGGAAUCGAGUGUGGCAGAUGUACCAGGAGGAGUUGAGGAUGCGGAUGAGCCUGGGAAGGCGGAGUCUGCGGUCUCGAGCGCUGAAUCCGAGAAGGCGGAUGAUUUGGCGAAGACGGAGCACGAUGGGGAAGAGGACGAGGAAGAGGACGAAGUUGAUAUUAUUUUGGAUCCUUUGACGUUGACAGAGACGACGAUGCAGCAGCAGCAAGGUUUAUUGCCCAAUAUGAAUUCCAAUGUGGUGGGCGGCGGCAUCCACAUGGCCAAUCGAGUGACGUUGCCUCCUAGUCGGAUAUCUCAGCUUUAUAUGAAUAAUCGUCGUGCGUACAACGCUUCAUCAUUUAACAGCAGUGGGUCGCCAGCGUAUGCCCAGCAGCGCGUCGGAAUGGCCAUUCCGACGUCGCUGGACACAACUCACAGUCCCAGUGCUCUUCGCAACCAGCAGACGAACAUUAUGAACAUUUUGCAGAGCGGAAUGAGAAAUUAUGAACUAGAAUUGGAUCCGGAUUCAUUUGAAGAAAAAGCCUGGAAUCGUCCCAACGAAAAGCUCUCGGACUAUUUCAAUUAUGGAUUCAACCCUGAAACCUGGAAACUUUUUUUGCUUCGACAACGUAAAUUUCGAGAGGAAAAUAGUAAUGCCGCUAAUAAAAAAUCACAUUUUAGUCCGAAUACGUCGUCUCCUUCUCAUCGAGCUGCAUCAUCUAAAGGGAGUACUUCUAAAGGCGUUGCCGAAGACGACCGACACGCUCGUUCUAGACAAGACCGAGACGACAGAGGUAGCGUUGGUUCCAACGCGCAUGUUCCAGAAGUCAGUGGCGGAUCUAAGUCCGAAGGAGGGGGACACGCUUCGAGUUCUCACUCUCACCGAAAAGAAAGCAUCAAUAACACGGUGGCGGUUGGCGGUGGCCACGGCGGAGGUUCAAGCGGUGGAGGUGGCUCCUGCAGCCACCACUCUGGAAGUUCCAGUCACAGUCAUCGUUCUAGAGACCGAAGGGGGUUCUUUGGUGACUCAACCAACGACCGGAUGGCGGACGGAGGGCGUAUUGACGAAGGUUCAAUCGGCCCUCCUUCUGACCGCAACGAUCGAGAUCGUGCCUUUGAGCGUGAAAAAUUCGGCAGGGCCGAUCGAGAUGUCAAGAGCGACCGGGAAUGGGCUGAAAGAGACCGAAUCGAAUCUUGGUCCUCAAGGAGAGACGACCAACGCGAACACUACUCGAGUCGCAGAUCGUCUCACGGAAGACACGAAGAGAAAUACAGUUCAAGGUUGAAGUCUCACAGAAAUAGAGAUAGAGGAUAUCUACCUGAAGAGCCCGAGAGAAAACGGGCCAGAACUUAAUGUAAUUCCAAAAAUAUAUAGAGUACAUUGAGGAAAUUACACCCCCGUAGCCGCGCAUUCUCAGUUUGCCAGCAUUGCAACCUUUUUUUCCUUUCAGUGCGCGUCUUGCACGCGUACGUCGUGCGCGCAGACGCGUUCGCACGUCCGACGCGGUCUUGCGCGGGGCUUCUUCUCGGCGCCCUCAAUCCCACGGCGCCGCCUCAAAGAAGAGUUUGUAUACGGGGGUGUGUAUACAGACGCGGAAAGUGCGGUCUUGCCGCCCCGCGACGGCCUGGGCCAACUCACAAAAUGAGCCGGCUACGCCGCGAAGGGGCCGGGAGGCUGCCUGGACCACCUGCUCGGGCGUCCGUCUUUUCUGAACAGACGCGGCCGAAAAGGAGAGCGCGUGUGCGCGACCGGAGAGCUUUUCGUGCGAAUUUUCAAACGCUAUCACAAAAUUUUUUUCGACCUUCUGCUGCCAGAUUUCUUGUAUUGGCUCUCCGUCCCGCCGGAGCCCGUCUUCCUGGAGGCAGAACCCCUCCUGCCGUGCUUUUGGACGGAGAGGUUCCUGCGGGUGCUGCCCGUAGCCACGCUCCUCUUCAUGGCGUCCCACUCUUGGUCGCCUUCUUUCCAGAGAAAAAAGUUGCACGCGUCGACCUCGCAGGCGUAGAAAUGUCUCCCGUGGUUUUUCGGCGUCUUCGCCACCUUGCACAGCGCCGGGUGUCCGCACAUGCAGUAGUGCUGUCCAUCUGCGGGCUCUGGCUCGUCGAAAACAGACGAGGACGUUGGCUUGUCCGCGUCGGUGGGCUUGAAGGGCGACGAGAAGGACGCCCUUCGAGGAACGCCGACCUUGUGCGAGCUGCUCCGGUCGACGUGUUGCUGCUUGCGGUCGACCGCGAGGUCAGAAGCGCUGCGAGAACAAAAAUCUGGAAAUUUCGUUGAAUUUUCAGCGACACUCAGAGAACCACAGGACUCGGCGUACAAUUUGUUCCUGUGCUGUGGCAGCGACGUGUUUCCUCUUCCGACGGUCUUCAUCUCUACCUGCGCUGUCUCUUUAUUUGCGGAGACACUGAAUUCGUCUGAGCCGGACGUUUCCCAACUUUCCCAGUUUUUGUUGCGCUUUCGGAGCCACUCCUUGACGAUGUCGCCGGGUCGGUGGCAGCUGCCAAGACACCCCGUUUCGAAGUCGCGUCCGGUCUCGAACGCUUCGCGAGCGGUGUAUCGGAACCGAACCAGGUAGCUGUCGGUCCCGUUCCUGCUGCACGCGGGGCAUUUCUCCUGCAGCACCUCGCAGGCGUCGAUGUUUUCGUCUGGGAGCCACAGAAUCUUGGUACAACCGGGAUAGUUUGUGCACGCCAAAAAUUUUUUUUGGUUGGUCUUCGAGGUGCGCAAGACCAUUUUGGCGCCGCAGACCGGACAGCUGCGGACGAACGCGUCCGAGGAGCGCGCCCUCCGACUGAGCUCGCAGUUGGUCGCGGGACAGGCGAGGCACAGCAUGCGGAUAGAAGAGUCUGGAGGCUUCGAGGAGAACUGCGCCGGGGGGUAGUUGUAGCAAUAUGGGCAGACGUGGAUCAUUUUUUCUUUCAGCGUCAGCACCCGCACCACUUGGUAGGAGCAAAUGGGACACGUGUGUUCGAACGCGUACACCUUUCCUAGCGGGAUCACGAAGCUCUCGUCGCAGUGUUCGCAAUGCAGGGAGUGACGGUCGUUGUCGAGAAGGCGCAGGGACAUCUGUCGCCCGCACUUCCCGCACUUGGAGAAGCCGGGCUGUUCGCUCUUGAACAGGGUCCCGAUGGGGUUGAAGUAG